UUGGGUGUGACCUCGGCGGCUCUGGAGGAGGAGCAGGUGUGCUCUGACCUCCCUCUGAGCCACAGACAGCGUGACUUGUGUCGUCAGAAGCUCUUCCUGCUGCCGAGUAUUCGGGACGGAGCUCGUCUGGCCAUCGCCGAGUGUCAGAGUCAGUUCAGACAGGAGAGGUGGAACUGCUCCACCACCGAGCAGCCCAGCGUGUUCGGACACGAGCUGACCAGCGGAACCAAAGAAACGGCGUUUAUCUACGCGGUGAUGGCGGCGGGGCUGGUCCACGCUGUCACGCGCUCCUGUAGUCAUGGCAACAUGACGGAGUGCGGCUGCGACGCUCGGCUUCGGGGCGGCGGCUCGCCGGCGGAGGGCUGGCACUGGGGCGGCUGCUCGGACCACGUUCAGUACGGGAUCUGGUUCAGCCGCAAGUUCAUCGACCACAGCGUGAAAAACACGUCGACCGCCACCAGAGGAGGGUACACGCUGAGCACCGCCAACCAGCACAACAGCGAGGCUGGCCGCCAGGCGAUCGUCCGGACGAUGUCCACGCACUGCCGUUGCCACGGCGUCUCCGGCUCCUGUGCGGUGAAGACCUGUUGGAAGACGGUGGCGCCCUUUGAGCGAGUCGGCGUCUACCUGAAGGAGCAGUACGAGCGCAGCGUGCAGGUGUCGGACCGCUCGAGGAGGAAGACGAGGAGGAAGGAUCAGCGGCGCCUCCCCGUCCACGCGCAUCAGCUCAUCUUCUUCAACAAGUCGCCAAACUACUGCGUGGAGGACCCGCGGCGGGGCGUCGCCGGCACCAGAGGGCGCCGCUGCAACCGCACGUCCGCGGGCUCAGACAGCUGCGUCCUGCUGUGCUGCGGCCGCGGAUACAACACGCACCUGGUGAGACACGUCCAACGCUGCGAGUGCAAGUUUGUCUGGUGCUGCUACGUCCGCUGCAGGCGCUGCGAGAGCAUGAACGACAUGCACACCUGUAAAUAA